GGAGAAGACGGGAUUUGCAGAAACAACUGUGAAGCCUAAUCCUUUCAAGACCGAGGAGUUUCGAGCAGUUUUCGAACACAGAUGACUGACAUUCUGCGGCUGGUGUCAGACGCAGACACUCAGACUUUGCCAACACUCUCCCAGCUCUCUGACAAUGAUAUUGAUUCUAUUUGGGCUGAUGUCUCUGCCUAUAUUGAACGCCAGAUGACCUCACAGAAGGGGGUCCAUGUGGCAGGACUGGGGACUUUCACUUUCUCUCAGCAGCAGCUGGACUUGGGAAACCGGUUCAUGAUGAUCCAGCGUCCCAUCUUCCUCGUGGCUGGGAAACUGGUUCAGUCUCUGGGUUUAAAGCAGACCAGACCACUGGCUGCAGCAACACACCUGCCGGUGGUGCAGCUAAACUUCACCGCUGUGUCCCAAGAGACUCCUUUCAGCAGGGACGUGGUGGAGGGCUGCGUCAGAGAGACACUCGCGCUGCUCUUCAGAGCGUUGGCCUCUGAGAAGAGCGUGUCCGUCACAUUCAGGGGAAUCGGAGUUCUGUUCUUCGCAAACGACAAGGUCCGCAUGAAGUUCAACAAAGGAUUUAUCAAUGCCAUGGAUGGAAGUGGAAGGCUGCUUUUAGCCUUUAACAAUAGACCUGGCAGCAGUGUGUCUCUGCUGUCUGGUGGACAGUCCAGGAUUCAGAGGACUGGAACUGCCCAACACGAUGUCGGUCUGCCAACUGUCUGCUCCCCUCAGCUCCCGGACAAAGCUGCUGAUCAUGAUGGACGGUGCUCGUCCCCAGCUUCAGACGUCAGGAAUGCAGGAGACGUUCCUCAAGCGAUAGAAGCUCAAUCCCAUCAGCCAUUGCAACCUGCCACUGUAAAAGCCACAGAUUCGUUGGAAGAACUGGCUCCAAAAUCCCCCACAGAAGAAAAAGACAAACACACGACCUUCGUCUCAUCAACAGAGGUCGUUCCAAAGCAGGAGAAACCAUGUGCGGAUGUAACCUGCUCUGACCACAAACGAGCUGGACAGGAGCUGUGCUACCUGUGCAUGCAGCGGGCCCGCAGAAAUGUUCCAGUGUACCUGAGGGAGCAGCAACAGGCUGAGGAGAAAGCUCAGGAUAAACUCUUACUGUUCAGAGAACAGCAGAGAGACAAGCAGCGCAUGGAGGAGGAACAGGCAAGGAGGAGUGAGCAACGUGAGCACGCAAAACAGGUCGCUACGUUCAACCUACAGAUCUCAGAGAAGAAAGAGAAGAUUUGUCUUUUCCCUACCACAUUUAUCUUCCCGGCUCGGCCUCUCACUCCUGCCAAGAGGAUCCAACAGCAGCGUUAUAUGAAAGAUCUCCAGAGCCAGAUGGAGAGUCGACAGCAGCACGAGGCUCUGGACCAGCAGCGGCGUCUUCUCAAGGAGCAUCUAGACCAGGUCCAGCUGGUCCAGGAGAUCGCUGUGAAGAAGGCUCAGCAGCUCCAGCAGAAAUAUGAGAGAACUAAACAUUACAAGAGGGCACUGGACACCCAGGUGAAGGAAAGGAAGCACACAGACCCUCCAGAGUGCCAGACUAACAACUCUGGGUUCCCUCGCUGUCAGACUGCAGUCAGUAACACAGAGAGCCGAGAGCUGGCACAGAAGCUCUUCCGUGUAAAUUUCAGUGCUGCCACUCAGAGGAAAGGGGAAGAACUGCACAACCGCCAGGCACAACUAGAGAAAGAAAGACAAAUGCUGAAAUACAACAAAACUGAACUAAUACUGGACCGUAUGAAUCACUCUGAGAGGAGACGGGACAUCAGUAAGACACUAGAGGACGAGUGGAGACGCAGCGCGAAGAUGAAACAUCAACGUGAGGAGGAGGAGAGAAGCUUCCUGAGGUCUGCUGGUCACCUCCUGGUAGAUCAGCUUGUACAGUAUAAGCGCUGCCGCCAGUGUAAGAGGAGGACCUCGAACUUUGGAGAGACCAACCUCUGGAAGGACUCUGGCUCACAGUUUAUGGUUUGACGACCAGUGUUGCCUGCUGCAGGACUUCACUUUUUAGAUGACGACAAACCUCACUGUGCAACACGGAUCUGAUAAUCCUUAUGCUUAAGCUGCAGCGUGUACUCUGCCUCUCUUCGGCCGUUGUUUACAGACAUAAACACUUAAUCACUUCCUGUGUGCAGCAUGAGAAUCUAAAGAUCUAAACACGGCUAAUCUGGGAAACGCUGAGAUACUGGUGUGGAGCUAAUAGGCUUACUUGACCUUGGUGAGCUCAUUUGACAAUGGUUUGAAUUUAAAAGAUAUCUGUGUAAAAGUUAUGUACCGCAUUUUUAUCGUAGGCUGUGAUACACAGAACAUGAAAUAAAGAAGUAUUUGUGA